AGGACAGACAUGGCAGUUGGUAAAGUGACCUUCACCAAGGUGGAGCGGGAGAAACUAGCUGAGGUCCUUUGGCUGCUCAACUGGAUAUCUGUGCUGACAGGGGCGAUCCUCUUUGGUCUCGGCUUGUUCCUCAAAGUAGAAAUUCAGAAAUGGCAGGAAGUGAUGUCAGACCAGGGGAUCCUCUACGUGCCACAUACGCUGAUCACCACGGGCCUGGCGGCCUGCUGCAUCAACUUCCUGGGGGGGAAGAUCUGCCUGGACUGCGCAGACACCAACAAGUUCCUGCGCUGGAAGCUGGUGAUGAUGCCAUACAUCGUCUGCACCUUCUUCUUCACCUCCUGCGUCCUGGCGGGGGCGCUCAUGUGCUACAGCAUCCGCAGCCAGCUGGAGGAGUCGCUGUUCCUGGGUCUGAGGAACGCCAUGCGGUACUACAAGGACACGGACACGCCAGGCCGCUGCUACCUGAAGAGGACUCUGGACUUGCUGCAGAUCCAGUUCCAGUGCUGUGGGAACACUGGGUACCGGGACUGGUUCAAGGUCCAGUGGAUCAGCAACCGCUACCUGGACAUGACCAGCAGCACCGUGGUGGACCGCCUGAGGAGUAAUGUGGAUGGGAAGUUCCUGAUGGAUGGCGUUCCCUUCAGCUGCUGCAGCACUUUUUCCCCUCGGCCGUGCAUCCAGCAGCAGGUCAGCAACAGCUCAGCCCACUUCAACUACGACCAGCAGAGCCAGCAGCUGAACCUGUGGAGGAGGGGCUGCCGACAGGCCCUGAUGGACCACUACACCAGCAUCAUGCAGUCCAUCGGCCUUACCGUGCUCCUCAUCUGGCUGUUUGAGGGCUGCGCCAGCGAGUCUUUGUUGCUCGGGGCACGAUCCUCUGCGAGUCUGCUGAGCAUCCCCGUCUGCAGUGACGCUCACAUGUCAGCGCUGCUCUCUCUGAAAACCGGCCUAUCAGCGGGCGACGUUCGCUCCAUCAAACGCAGCGUGGUGGAGAACCGCCUCCUCGGAGGCUCCACCAAUCACAGCCCUCCGUUCUUCUCCAAGGUCAAAGUCAAAUGGAUCAGUAAGUUUAGCCAACAGUGUUAG